UUUCUUCUACUUCGUUGCAAAAUCUCAUUUCAAUUUGCACUGACUCCUUCUUCCACAAUGUGUACCUGAAACAAACCACAACUUUUUUUUAUUGAAACCAAUUUAAGUAAUUCAUUUUUUCACAGUUAAUAUAUUUGAGAGUGAAUAAAAUGUCUGCUUCCUGUGUUGUUCGCAAUUUUUGUUCUGUGACUUCUGGUUUUCCGAAUUGCCGCCAAAACCAAACCUUGGUUCCUACCCAUCAUCAGUUUCAGUUACGCAAUCCCCUUUUGAGGUUAAAGAAGCAACCUUUCCACUCAAACACUCAUCUCAAGAGUUCAAGAACUCAGAAGCCUCGUCCCACUUUUGUAGUUUUCGCAGCACAAUCAAAUUUUCUUAAAGUUCUGCAGAAUGCAUGGAAAGUUGGAAGGGAUGGAAUUGAGGCAGGGACUAAUCUGGUUCCUAAUUCUGUUCCAAGGCCAAUAGCUAGGAUUUCAGUAACAAUUGUGGCUCUAAGUGUUACACUUUUUGUACUCAAGGCAUUCCUCUCUACGGCUUUCUUUAUAUUGGCCACUAUAGGACUUUCAUACUUUGCAUACCUAGCAUUCAAUAAAGAUCAAGGACCUAGAAGGAACCAAGAAACUACCUCCACUCCUAUGGAUGAUCCAGUGGAAGAAGCUAGAAAGAUAAUGGAAAAAUACAAGUAGCAGCAUCAGUUAAGGUAUUGUGAAGCUCUAAAAUUCUGCAUAUACAUUAGUUCAGUGUAAGUAUUUUUCUAUUGAGUUUUAAAUUUGAUGGAUGGAUUGUCAACAUUUGUGAAUGGCAUUUUCCAUUUCUAGAUCAUAUUAUAGUCUUUAGCACAGUCAUUGCAAACAUUUUCCACUGCAUGGAUGUUAGUUUUCUUCUUUUUAGGUGAAUAUGAAUGUUUUUUGGUUCAA